CCAGAGAAGUAGAAAAACUUCCACCCUCAAAGCGGCACACAGCGCACAUACAGACAAUCGUACAAACACACAGCGAACUAAUACAAACAUGUAAGAAUGCUGCAGUCGUUCUCUUGGUUGGUAUGCGACCAUUUGCUACCCAGUAAAAGCGGUGUGAGUCCUGAUUCUCAAACUCGAGCUGACAAAUUACCAUCAAAUUAAGUUGCUACUAUAGCCAGUUUUAAUAAUUUGAUGAUGGUCUAAAACAAUUUUAAAAUUUCAUAUCGUUUACUUAAUUAAGGACAUGAGAACUUUUUGACUUUAAUUUCUGCAGUCAAAUGAAGGUAUUUGAUAAAAAUGUGAUCAAACGAGGAUCUGAUAAACUAAACAUCGAUCUUAACUGCAGGUUAAAGUAAAUAGAAGACAAACUGAAAACCACUUAAACAGUAAAUCGAGCCGAUAUACCCUGCAAGCCCCUGGGCACUGUCACUGUCAUUUGCGUCGCAGCUCUGCCGCUGCUGCCGCCUGCGUCGCGUUGCCUGGCCCAGUGUUUCCGCUUUCUUUUGGCUCGUUGUAAUGUUACUUUUAGUUUGAUGUCGGAGCCUCGUCGAGCUGGUCGUAAGCGAACCCGUAAGCGAGACUUUAGUGCGAUUCCGCUCCGUUCCUCCGUUGCGCCGGGGUGUCGGUGUCUGUGUGCGUGUUAGUUCGAGAAUCCAGAAGCGAGACGCGAGAAUCGAGAAUAUCGAAACUGAAAGUGGUUCUCCGCGUGUGUGAGUGAGUGUUGUUGUGCUUUGGGCCCGCUUUUCUGCUUUUCUACCCCCGAAAAAGCAAAGCACAGCAUAAAACUGUGCGCUCGUACGCGCGCCAGUGUGUGUGUGUGAGUGUGUGUGUUUGUGGCGAGUGCGCUAGUGUGUGAGUGUGGCAAGGGAAAGGAGGCAAAGAAAAGAAAACCAACCCCCACCAGCGGCGGCGGAGAACAGGAAAACAACAACAGAAAGCACACCACCACCACCGCCACCACCCACUCUUCGUCAUCGUUCCGGGCUGUGCAGAAAGGAAUUAGAAUAAUAAAAAAAACCCCGAUCGUGCAUAGUGCUUAAACCGAUUUUGAGGAUUAUCUUAGGGCCCCUCGAGGCCCCCCGCGAAAUCAAUCCGUAACUGAUUCCCCGCCGAUCCUGACAUGAUGAACUUCUCCGCGUUCGGCGGCCCCUUCUCCGGCAUCCAUCAGUUUGCCGCUAAAUUCGACGCCCAGACGCCCGGCGCCUUUGGCACGCCCCCCACGGCCGCGGCAAAUGCAGCAGCCGCUGCGGCAGCGGCCGGCACCGAUAACCAUGUGCAGCGCUAUCAGACCAAUGGCAAUCACUUUAAUCAGAAUGUGCCCAACGUUUCGGCUGCCAACAAUAUGCAAUAUGGCCAGAAUAUAUCCAUACCGUACUCACAACCGCAGGGCGAUCUGAACUUUCUCAAUGCAGCCGCUGCGGCCGAUCAUAAGGGUAAAAUCCAUCCAAAAAUCGAACGUGACCGGGAAGAAGUCCUCAACCAGCAGAUCCUGCAGAAUGUCAACCAAUCGUGGCAGACGCUGGCCAACACGGCCAACACGGUGGACUACUCGUCGCACCUGCUCUCCGCCACACUGCCCAUCUCCAUACAGCACUUCCUCAAGUACUCGGAGACGAUCAAGAAGGAGUCCACAGGCGAUGUCCUGAAGAACGGCACCAACCUGGCCAGCCUGGCGCUGGGGGGCGUGGCCCUGACGCCCAGCAACAAUGGGGCGAACGGCGGCCACCACAACGGCCUGGUGGGCAUGGACCAUGGCGGCCACAUGACCAACAUGACGGACGCCAACGGAGCGGCGCUGACGAACGGCGGCGCCAGCAAUGGAGUGAAUGGCAAUGCCAACGGGACGGUGACCAAUGGUGGAGCCGGAGCGGUUUCCAGCACCGGAUCCGUGGGCACCACGAACGCCAGCGGCGGCACGGGAACGGCCAGCGGCAAGAAGACCAAAAAGAAGAAACCACCAAAGGAGAAGAAGCCGCGCCCCAAGCCGGGCGAGAUCCGCGAGACGAAGGCGCUGGACGGCUCCACGCUCUACUGCUGCCCGGAGUGCCAGAUGGCCUAUCCGGACCGCAGCCUCAUCGAGCAGCACGUCAUCUCGCACGCCGUCGAGCGGCGCUUCGUCUGCGACAUCUGCAACGCGGCGCUGAAGCGCAAGGACCACCUGACCAGGCACAAGCUCUCCCACAUACCGGACAGGCCGCAUGUGUGCAAUAUCUGCAUGAAGUCCUUCAAGCGCAAGGAGCAGCUAACUCUGCACAUUGUCAUCCAUUCCGGCGAGAAGAAGCAUGUAUGCAUUGAGUGUGGAAAAGGUUUCUAUCGCAAGGAUCACUUGCGCAAGCACACGCGCUCCCACAUCGCCCGACGGGUCAAGUCGGAGGUGUCGGCGCAAAACGUGAACGGAUCCGCCGGAGGAGGCGGCAGCGGCGGCGGCGGAGGAGCCAACAGUGCGCAGAGCAACGCGCUGCACGGCUCCUGAGGAUCGUACAAGGACUUCUGGUAAACUCCCAGACGAAUUUCAAGCCAUAAGAGGCAGCCGACGAACUGCUGGCGGCGGCGGGCGGGGGGAUCCGGGGAUACGGAUCUCGGACUGCCGGCCGGCGGGAGCAGGCGGGCUGCCUUUGAAAUUCGCUGGGGGUUUAGCGGGGGUCCUGCUGAGCGUCACCACCCAACUCCAAUUACAAUAACCCUCAAUAAAACACACACACACGAGUUAUACACAUACAUACAUACUUACUGGAUGCAAGUAUUAGUACGAUUUUGUUCACGACACCUUCAGUUCUUUAGCUUUAGUUCUUUCAGUUGAGAUUUUCGCACAAAACACAGAACAGUCGAGCAAAGUAUAGCAAUCGAAAUGUACAAAUCAGCAGAAUGACAGAUUUAUUCGUUAAAUUCGAGUUUAGUAUGCGCAUAUGUUAAGUGAAGUGAAGAUAACGCCGCUUGAACGUCGCUUUCGUUUCUUUUUCGGGGAUCUGUGAUCUGUAGUCGCUGCAUAAACAAAAAACAAACGGAGACGAUCGUAGGCGGUCGGUCGAUCGAAAGCUGUUCUAAGAAUAAGUUAAUAUAUCUGCUAAACGAUUUACUAUACUAUAUAUAUGUAUGUGCAAUUUAUGAUCCUUUUGAUUUGCCUUUUAGUUGCCCGCGCGGCGCUUUUGUUCACUACAUUAAAUGAUAAAUGUGUUUCUUCCCGUGCGGAGAUUCCCAUCUCCAUGGGAGAUUCUUAUUGAAUUGAGAUAUGCACACACACACUUUAAGGAAGUAAGGAGCUGCUCUACAAGCGAAAUUUGUACUUCUAGUCUUGUAUUUUAUUUUACCGAUAGGCAUAGAGGGAAACCCGAAACGAGGUCAUGUAAUCUUAAGCUUUUUAACUUGAAUGUUCAAAGGAGAAACUUCGACGCGAGUCACACACCAAAACACUAGACAGAAAGCCACAAUACGAACUUGCAUCUUGGCGUGCCCAGAACUUCCAGCCAUCGUCAUUGCUUGCAACUGCAAUAUCCGACAAGAGUACACCUAUAUCCAGCUUACCAAUCAAUACCGAAUACUGAAUACUGAAUUACUGAUAACUGAUAACCACAAAUAGCGUUAAGAGCCACAUAUACAGCAGCAAAAGCAGCAGCAGCAGCAGCAGAAAUAGCCAUAGAAUCGCAGAAUAGCACGGGUCAACAAAUCCAGCAGAAUCGCUAAAAACAACAAAAAACAUUUAAGGAGCAUUUGCCAAUGCAAUAGCAACAAUAACCGGAAAUACAACUGUAUAAAAGGAUAUUUUUUAUAUAUAAAUACAAAAGAGAGAGCAUAUGAAAACCGAAUAGGAAUAAAGGCAUAAAACAAUAACCGAAAUAAAGUGCAAACACUUCGAGCAAGUGACAACGUAAUUUACUGUUCAAAUACAAAGCAUUUUGAGAUUAACGAUUAAAGUAAACGAUUUAACAGAUCCAAUUGCAAGCAUAUAGCAAUGCAGCAUAUUG